UCAUUAUGGAAUCAUUGAUUUCUGUUGUAAGAGGUAGAAAGAGGGUUGGUGGGAAAUUCGCUUAUAAAAGAGACCGAUCGUGAAGAGAAAUCGACAGUUUGGUGGUGGUUCAUUAACAGAGGUUUAUCUUUUAUAUUCGUCUUAAGAAACAGAAACAACAUGUCGGUGAUGGAAUCAGAAGUAAUUACUGGAUCGGUCACGAAAGCUCCGGUCAGUGAGCUGUCGACGUUAUCAAUGUUUUUCAUUCUUCUAAUGCCAGCACUUAUUCUCUAUUACAUUUACUACCAUAUUGUUAAUAAACGUAUGAUACAACUCGCGGAAAAAAUUCCUGGACCUCCAUCAUACCCUAUUAUUGGUAACGCUUUGGAAUUUCUUGGAAGUCCCGAUGCGAUAUUUAGUAAAGCAAUGAAAUAUUCUGAGGAAUACAAAACAGUCGCAAAAUUUUGGAUCGGACCAAAACUCCUUGUCUUCCUGAUCGAUCCACGUGACGUUGAGAUAAUCUUGUCCAGCCAUGUUUAUAUUGAUAAAUCUAGCGAAUACAAAUUUUUCCAACCUUGGCUUGGAAAUGGUCUUCUCAUAUCCUCAGGACAAAAAUGGCGUGCCCAUCGUAAAUUAAUAGCACCUACUUUCCACUUGAACGUUUUGAAGAGUUUCAUCGAUCUCUUUAAUGUAAAUUCGCGUGCGGUUGUUGAGAGAAUGCGGAAGGAAGACGGCAAGACAUUUGAUUGUCAUAAUUACAUGUCCGAGACAACGGUUGAGAUACUUCUUGAAACGGCUAUGGGUGUAUCAAAAUCCACACAGGGAAAAAGCGGAUUUGAAUAUGCGAUGGCCGUAAUGAAAAUGUGCGACAUCCUUCAUCUUCGACAUACCAAAGUUUGGUUGAGACCCGAUUGGCUCUUCAAUCUUACCAAGUAUAGUAAAGAUCAGAUUAAACUGUUAGAGAUCAUUCACGGGCUCACGAAAAGAGUUAUUCAACGUAAGAAGGAAGAGUACAAGAGUGGCAAACGUAAUAUAAUCGAUACUUCUGAUACUAAAUCGACCGAUAAGGUUACCACCGUCGAAGGUCUGUCCUUCGGUCAAUCAGCUGGUUUGAAGGACGAUCUCGAUGUCGACGAUAACGACGUUGGUGAGAAGAAGAGACAGGCUUUCUUAGAUCUCUUGAUCGAAGCUGGUGAAAGUGGUGUAGUAGUAAAUGAACAGGAAGUUAAGGAACAAGUAAACACCAUUAUGUUCGAGGGACACGACACGACAGCUUCUGGAUCCAGUUUCUUCCUGUCAAUGAUGGGUUGUCAUCCUGACAUUCAAGAGAAAGUGAUCCAAGAACUUGAUGAGAUCUUUGGAGAUAGCGAUAGACCAGCAACUUUCCAAGACACUUUACAAAUGAAAUAUCUUGAACGUUGUCUUAUGGAGACUUUACGUUUGUAUCCACCAGUACCAAUUAUUGCUCGUGAUGUCAAGACAGAUAUAAAACUUGCUUCUGGCGAUUAUGUUGUACCAGCUGGAGCUACUGUCAUCAUUGGUACGAUAAAGCUCCACCGAUUAGAAUCGGUUUAUCCAAAUCCAGAUACUUUCAAUCCGGACAACUUCCUUCCGGAAAAGACAGCCAAUAGACAUUAUUAUGCUUUUGUACCAUUCUCCGCUGGACCUCGUUCUUGCGUUGGCCGAAAAUACGCCAUGCUCAAACUCAAGAUCCUACUUUCAACGAUCCUAAGAAACUUCCGUGUAAAAUCGGAAGUCAAGGAAGAUGAUUUUAGACUCCAAGCUGAUAUCAUUCUGAAACGUGCCGAAGGUUUCCCUAUCAAAUUGAUACCGAGGAAAUCUGUUGCCGUUCAGGCUUAAUCAAUAACUUAUGCAAUUAUUCUUCUUUUCAUCUUAUUAGAUUUUGAAUAUGUACAAAAAAAAUUAGAAAAGAAAAAUAGAGAGAGAGAGAGAGAGAGAGAGAAAGAGCAAAUGUAUACGAAGAGAAUGUUCUAUUUAAAAUUUCCCACAAAAUUAUUUUUAUAUCAUUUUUUCAAAAAAGAUGUUGAAAAGGGGAAGAUAUGUUAUAGAUAAAUCUUCUUUGAAUGAAUAUGCUUCCGACUAUAACGCCGACUACAAAUAAUAAAAAAGGAAAAAAGACGAAAAAAAUAUAGUCGCUUUGAAAUUUCGAAAGGACGUUCAUCUAAAGAACAUUUCUGAUCUGAAGACACAAUUUUUGAAUUGAUUUAUGAAUAACAUCCCUUUCUCAAAACGGAAUAUUUUAUUUGAUACAACUUUUGAAACUUGAUGUACAGAAAAUAUUUGCUCGCAAAAUUUCGAGGAAGCAGAUGAAGAAAUGAAGAAGUAAAGAUUAUGUUUGUUAUUGAUAUUGGAGCAUAAAAUAAUAUAUAUAUAUAUAUAUGUGUGUGUGCGUAUGAGUGUGUAUAUAUAUAUAUAUAUAUUGCAUCGUAUUUGUGUAUAUUGUGUAUAUUGCAAAUUUAUAUCUCUUAUCUUAAUAUUUAUCUAUUAUGCAAUAAAUUACGCAGCUGGAUUGCUGUAAAAUCUAAA